AUAAUAACCUUGAAUUGGUUGCACUACUAACCAAAUCCACAUUCCAGAUAGUUAGGUUGUUUUAAAUGGAAACUUGUAGGGUUUUAUCAAUACAGAGCCAUGUGGUGCGAGGAUAUGUAGGCAACAGAUCAGCAGUGUUUCCACUCCAGCUUCUUGGGUUUGAGGUCGACUGUAUUAAUUCUGUACAAUUUUCAAAUCAUACUGGUUACCCCCACUGGAAGGGCCAAGUUCUUAAAUGCAAUGAAUUAGAAGAGUUAUACGAGACAUUAAAACUAAAUGAGUGUAUUCGAUAUGAUUACGUGUUAACAGGUUACUGCCGAGACAAAUUAAUGCUCCGAAAAAUGGUUGAAAUUAUUAAAGAAUUAAAACAGAUUAAUCCAAAGCUUAUUUAUGUUUGUGAUCCAGUAAUGGGAGACACUUGGGGAGGAGAAGGAAAAAUGUAUGUGCCAGAAGAUGUAUUACCGGUAUAUAGAGACGAAGUUAUACCUAUCGCUGACAUCCUAACUCCUAACCAAUUUGAAGCGGAAAUUUUAACAGAUAUUAAGAUCACAAAUGAAUCAGAAGCUAUUGCAAGCAUUGAGAAGCUGCACACGUAUGGCCCAAAUACUAUUGUAAUAAGUAGUUCAGACCUUGGGCAGAAAACCUCUUUGAUUGGAUAUGGCAGCAAGCACUCAAAAUCAAAUGGAACAAAAAAUCAGAGAAUUAAACUUGAAAUGCCAAUGAUUGACGCAGCGUUCGUUGGGUCAGGUGACCUAUUCGCUGCGUUGCUUUUGGCUUGGACACACCGUUUCCCUGAUAACCUAAAACUAGCACUGGAAAAAGUUAUUUCUACAAUGCAAAGAAUUCUUGUCAGGACAUUAAGCUCUGCUAACGGUGAAAUAGAAGAUGGGAAGAAACCGAACUUUAAAAACCUGGAGCUCAGAUUAGUGCAAAGUAAGCGUGACAUUGAAAACCCAGAAAUGUGCGUAGAAGCUGUUACUUUGGAAAGAUGACAUGGAAUACUAAACACUAGAAAUACUUUGGUUAAUUUUCGUCGAAACCCAUCGAAAAUAAUUAAUUAGCUUUGUAGAAUUUAAUAAAAAAUACAAUUUUAUGGUGAUAAAAGUCGUUAAAUUUUGGUAUAAAUAUUUCAUUUUUAAGUGUUGUUUGAAAACUUUAAAUGUGAUUGUUUUAUUGCUUUAUAAAAAUAGAAUCAUGCGUUUCUAAAAUUCCAUCUCAAAUUAAAUAUCGUAUUUGAAACAUAAUUAUAUUUUAUGCAAAGUUAGUGUUUCUUUCAAAAUAUAAUGCAUUCCAUUUUCAAG